CAAGAUAAUCUAAAACAGGUGUCAACAUUCCUCGCUCUGGUGCUGAUCGCCAGUGGUAGUUGGGGCUUCAUGGGCGAGUCGUGGGGUGCGGUGUUGAUGUUGUGUGGGGACUUUGCUGCCUUGAAUGCAGUCCUUGCUGCCGUGGUGGACACAAUUCCGCACCGUGCAGAGAACCCAUCAGUUUUACAGAUCCUCUGCAAACUGUUGGUGAACGUGCCGUUGAUGGUGGGGGCCAUGGCCACCAUCAUCAUGGGUUACUCUGUCCAACACAUCAUAGCAGCUGUGGUCAACUUCAUUAUCGUCGCCGUCCAGUUACAUAUAACCGCGAGCAUCAUCAUGAAGAACACAAAGAACGUGAAGGAGGAUAAGGAAUUGCUGGUUAAGGCUGGCCCAGAGGAGACCCGGGUGGUGGAGGCAUCGACCAGUCUACCCAAAGAAUUUGCUUGACCCGUCAACUGAAGGACCUUCUCCUACAGGCACAUCACAGCCUUUUUGAAAAAUGAAGCGGGAUUAUUCAGGUGAAUAACUUGAAUAUUGGUCUUGUCUGAAAAAAUUAUGUAUUACUUGUAAAUAUGUUUGAAGAUACUUUCUUGAGAAACCCUCGAGACACUUUGUAGCAAGUUUUUGGUCUGUACAUUUGUAUAUCCUCUAAGUAUUGGUCUGGGUGUUCCAUCAAAAUAAUAAAAGUUUUAAGGUCUGGUGCCAGAAGACCUGAAGGAAGUACACGGAGGUACUGAAGGGAGAGCCACCCUGAGUAAUAGUCAGGCUUUAGAAGUCAAUACAAUAUUUUAUACUUUGUUUUUGGUUUUUCAUUUACUGUAUAUUUAAAAAAGUAGUGGAAUGCUGUUAACCCGUGACGGAGUUGGUUUAAAACGUGUACAUAAUUUUAACAUUUUGGUUUUUACUAAUAUAUAUAUAUAUACAGUAUAUCAAUAAAGUGUUUGUGAAAUGUUCAUUAUGUAUCUUCCCCAGUGGUUCUGUGGCUUAAUUUAGAUUCCCAAAAUAGAACUGAAAAUUUUGCGACCGUUUGUCUCGAUAGCGAAAGUUUGAAAAAGGUCAGGUCAGGUUGUCACUCGGGAGUCCUGUAUUGGGUCACGAGUUGCUUAUAGAAGAUAGUGUAAACCGUAAAAGUCGGAAGGCGUGUAAAAAUUGGUGAACCACUGGGCGCACGGUUGCUCUCUCAUGGGAGCAGUCCGUCAGGUGGCAUGGCCUUCAAUAUGGUUAGUUAAAUGUAUUUUACUGUGAUCCUUGGACAGAAAGAUGACACUUUUGUUUUGAACUGUAU